AUGAUAGGAAAAAAAACAAAAGGAAAACAAAAGAUAACCAUUAGAAAAGUAGAGAAACUCGAAGACAGAAUGGUCACUUUCUCCAAACGAAGAACCGGAAUCUAUACUAAGCUCACUGAGCUCUCCAUCCUCUGCGGCAGCGACGUCGCCUUUCUCGUCUACUCCGGCGCCGGUAAACCGUACACCUUCGGCAGCCCAUCGUUCGAAGCCGUGGCCGAGCGGUUCCUCAACGGAAAUCAGCCAGUGAACAACGGCGAGGGCUUAACGUCUCCGUCGUCGAUUGUGGAAGCUCACAAGAAAGUAAAGUUGGACGAGCUCUGCAAGACGUUCAACAAACUGAUGGAGGAAACAGCCGAGGAGGAAGAGAAAGCGAAGACGUCUGCGGCGGCUAUUGAACCGUCGUUGCCGGUGGAGAUUGACGAGUGGUGGACAGUUGAACCGAAGAACAACGAAGAGGCGAUGCAGUUGUUGAGGCGCUAUGAGGAGUUUUACGGGAAGCUCUGUGAGGCUGCUGCUGUAAGAAUCAGUGGAGGCGAUGCUGCACCGUCAACGUCGACGUUUCCUCAAGUGACGUUGCCUCAAGUGAAACUCACUGGGAAUUAUUAUAGCCGACUUGGCUGA